CGUCUAGGAUAAGUCUACUAGGCCCCAUGCUAGUCAGCUCUUAGAAAUAUCGCCCAUAUCUAUUUUGUUCAUAGAUAUAAGCUGUGAGCUACAAAGCAUCUUCCUCAUCGGUAGUUUUCUCCUUCAACUUACCGUUAAGCUCUUGAUACAAGAGUCGCUCGCUAUAGACGGACGGACGCUCGCUACGAAGACACAUCCUAAAAUCGGGGGUUCGUUCAACAUCCUGAGGCGCAAUCAACCAAUUUAACAACGCUCAUCUGCGCUAUAAUGGUUUUGGUCCAUCGGUUUGGGGCCUUGUCGGUCAUCGCCCUAACUUGGCUCACAAGAGCGCAAGCUUCUCUCUCCGAAGCGCAUUGGCCCUCCUGUAAACCGAAAACAGUUACCGAAACUUGUUACGAAACGACUACGGAGACGGCUACGGAGACGACUACGGAGAUCUGCUACGAAACGGAAACUACUACAGUCUACGGCGUUACUACCGUAUUCGAUACUGUCAGUUAUAGUUACACGGUGACGGAUACAGUAACGGACACAGAGACAGAGACAGAGACAGAGACAGAGACAGAUACAGAGACUGUUACCGACUCGAGGACCAUUACUAUCUCUGUUACGCGCACUAAUAAUGUUACGCGUACUAAUAGUGUUACGCGUACUAAUAACCAGACUAUUAUCUCCUUAACCACUACUACCGAUGAGGAGACGACGACCGCUACACUUACUGACAUAGAGACGACGACGACGACUUAUACAUCUCUCGUACCUACUGUCACUACGGCUACUCUCACCUUCACAACCGAGAUCCCAACCACGGUUAUAUCCGACAGAACAUUGACCACGACUGAAUAUAGCACGUCAACCUACACAAGUAUCUCGAUAUAUACAACAAGCAUUCUGUCGACGCUCACGGACACCCUAACGACAACUGCUGUGUCCGUUUCAGCUUCAGCAACUACGGACACUGCUACCGUGACUGCAACUGAAGAGACUACAUUGUUUGUUACUGUGAUAUCUACUACUACGUUUCUCACCGUUUCGGAGAUCUCAGUUACCGAUUCGGUGCUAAGUACUACAACUUUCAUUACGACGCAAUUUAUUACUACUAUAGUACCGGAGUAUAUUACCACUACAGUACCACCAACCACCGUCACUUCGUCUGUCUGUCCCGCGGCGACCAACUCUCCGACCUUCAACGUACCUGCUUAUAACGCCUCAUCCGACUUGACUUGGGGAUGUCCACCUGGAACCGUCUGUUCUCCUCCAAAGCCGAAUGGGUGUAGUAUCUGGCCUGAUCUUCCGGAUCAAGAAUACGUUUGCGAGAGCCAGAGCUAUUGUAUACCAGCACCAGUUUAUACCCCCGUUCAAUGGUGUGAUAAUGAAACAGGGUACUAUCCUCCUACGGACGGCUACUUUGACCUUGCACCGCCGGCUUUUGGGUUAAGCUAUGAUAUAUUUGAUCCUCCCAAGCUCGAAUUGCUUAAAGAGACUAUCUCGGGCAUAACCACCACUAUCUGGACCUCUACAGGCGACUAUGAAUCACAGACGAGUAUUACGGCAUACCCGCCCUCGAGCACACCAGAGCCGGGUUAUCCAACAGCGAUAGUGAGGAAAUUCCUACCUUUUAAUAAACGCGAUGAGACGUUACCAUCUACUUGCUAUUCCACUUGCAACAACGCUGUUAUAGAGGCCCAGAGUGUUGGAAAGGUACCCCAGCUUUGCACCACAGACUCUGUAUUCAUGCAAUACCGUCGAGUCUGCCAGACCUGCAUUGUAAAUAACGGGGGAACGUGGAAAGCCGGUACCAAGAACUACGCAGAUGAUCGAAUGAAUCAAUGGCUCUAUUACUGCGAUGUACACAACCCUACUCCCGUCUCUUCGAGCCAAAGUGCCCCUGAGAAAGAGGUCACAAGCACUCCCAGAGGAUCUACAGGUAGUGGAGCUCCGCCGAACACCUCGACUGGUGUAGUUUCAAACACACCAACUUUCUCAGCCACGUCGUCUUCUACUCCCGAAAGCUCGUCUUCUACAUCCGAGAGUACGUCUUCUACAUCCGAGGGUACGUCUUCUACAUCCGAGAGUACGUCUUCUUCCAGCUCUUCAGAAGGAACGUCUUCGUCUUCUUCUACUUCCAGCUCGUCGAGGAGCACAUCUCCUUCUUCUACUUCUUCUUCUUCUAGCUCUUCAGAAGCAACAACUCCUAUUAGCUCUUCCGAGAGCACAGCUUCUUCUACUUCUAGUCCAACGGAAGGUAUAUCUUCUUCUGGCUUUUCGGAGAGCACUUUCUCUUCUCUCAGCUCUUCAGAAAUCCUCACUUCCUCGUCUUCGGGAGCUAGCACCUCUACUGAGACGUCGAGUACAACAAGCACCAGCAGCAGUAAUGGAGAAUCUAACUCGACUCCAGCACCUGCUCCUACUUCGUCAGCGAGUAGCAGCAUCACGUCUACGGCAACGCCUACGGUAACAUCGCCUGCUACAGUACCGGGCAGCACAACGGCGCCGAAUCCGGUUUCCACAGCUGGGGCGCCCGCCGUUUUAAACGGCGGAGCUACAUCUAAUUCCAUCCUCGCCCUUAUAUUAUUAUUCUUCCUCUGAUGCGCUUAGAGAUAUACUUCAUAUUUUAACUUAAUAUCCAAAGAGAGAGAGAAAAAAACUUAUAAAUAUUC